CACGUUGAAUUUGUCAAACACGUGAUAAUGUGUUGUGUGCAUUUUUAUUUUUGAAUUUUCCUAUUCGAGAUGUUAGUCGUUACAGUAAUGUAAAACCCAACCCGACAACUACAUAGGAUUUGUUUUUUUUAUUGAAAAUUGUGUUUAAAAAACGCAAGAAAAAUCAUAAUCAUGUCGGUCAUGUUGGGUACCAUCGAUAAGAAUAGCACCACCGAUCAGUUCAAACUCACAAGCCGUUUCUUUCCGUCCAAAGUGGGUGGAAUGCCGGCUUGGUUGGAUUUUAAACACAUUCCAGAUGCGACAGAAAUGACUUGUUCAAAGUGCAACGUUCCAUUGGUGUUUUUGUGUCAACUGUACGCUCCGAUCGACGAACCGGAAUUCCGGGGAUCGUGUUUUCAUCGUACCUUGUUUGUGUUCUUCUGCUACGAUUGCAGAAACGACCGGACGUUCUUAGUCUUGAGAUCACAGCUUCGUGUCCAAAAUGAAUACUACUCGGAUGUUCCGGCCGAGCCCAGCGAUCCUGACAAAACUCCCGACAUGUGGGGAGUCAAAUUAUGUAAGGUUUGUGGAUGUAAGGCUUUAGAAGAUUAUGAAAAUAUUUAUUGUAGUUUGUACCAUAAAAAUGUCGACGAUAGAAGUUCAAGUGACAAUAACUUAGUUGUCUUACCGGAGUAUAUUAUUAACGAAGAGGCCGACGACGAUGAAUAUCCUGAUGGAUCUUCGGCUAGCGAGGACGAGGAAAGUAACGAUGAUGAAAAUAGUGAAGUUGUUAUUCCCAAAGGUAGUCUUCAAGAUGUAGAUAAUUUAGAUGAAGCUUUAUUAGAAAUGGCCUAUGGAGGUGACCAAGACGAUGAAUAUUUUGAAAAAUUUAAAACGACAAUAGCAUCUGUGCCCGAACAAAUUAUUAGGUAUGACCGUUUGGGAAAACCUUUAUGGGUAUGUGCAAAAAGUAUUCCUGCAACUAAUGACAUUCCUCCUUGUUCGUAUUGUGGAAAGCAAAGACAAUUUGAAUUUCAAAUUAUGCCGCAAGUUUUAUAUUAUUUAAAAUUGCCAGAGAUAACCAACGAAGAAUCAUUUAAUUUUGGCGUAUUGGCUGUGUACACGUGUCCUGAUAGUUGCAGCGUCGGAAGUAAACAGUACAAGGAAGAGUUUUUAUGGCAACAAAGUUCUUUGUGAUCAAGUCAUUAAUAUCUUUUCAACUCUUAAUGUCUGGGUUUAUCAUUCUGCCCAGAUCUUGAUUAUUAUUUGCUAUAAUAAAUAUAUGUUAUAUAUAUAUAUAUAUACUUAAAAGAAAAUAUAAACUAUGAUCUUAAUUUUGAAUAUGACUAUAAUGUUUUAACGUUAAAAAAUAUCAUAAAAUGAACAUUUCACACUAUUUGUCUUCUGCAUUCUACUUCCUAGACAUUGAGAGAAUAUUAACCAUUUUGUUAUAAAUAUCGAUGUAGAAGAAUUUUCUAGAUAAAACUACAACAUUGUGUAAAUUUAUAUGUAUGGUAAUAAGAAUUGUUAAUUUUCCAGUC